AUGACGUCUCGAAAAACACAGCAAGAAAUCGACCGGACCUUCAAAAAGGUUGGGGAAGGCAUUCAAUCCUUCGAAGGCAUAUACGAGAAAAUCAAGACCACGAGCAACAUAGCCCAAAGAGACAAGUUCGAAGAUAACCUAAAGCGAGAGAUCAAGAAGCUACAGCGCUUUCGUGACCAGAUCAAAACAUGGGCUGCUGGAAACGAAGUGAAGGACAAGGGUCCGCUGCUUGAACAGCGGAGGGCUAUUGAAACAUGUAUGGAACAAUUCAAAGCCGUCGAGAAAGAAAUGAAAACCAAAGCCUACUCGAAAGAAGGUCUAUCAGCCGCGGCGAGAUUAGAUCCCAAGGAGAAAGAGCGAGUAGAAACUUGUGAGUUUCUCUCAGCGAUGGUGGAUAUCCUCCAGCAGAAGAUCGAGGCUAUGGAAGCGGAGGAGGAGAUGAUACAAGCGUCAAUGAAGAAAGGCAAAAAGGACGUGACAAAGACGACAAGAUUAUCAGAUAUUUCCAGAAUAUCGGAACGACAUAAGUGGCAUGUCGCGAAACUUGAGCUACUACUUCGAUCCUUACAGAACGGAAAUGUGGAGACAAGUCAAGUACUUGAUGUCAAGGAAGCAAUCAAAUACUAUGCUGAAGACGGCCACAACUCGGACUUUUGUGGCGAAGACGAGACGAUAUACGACGACAUCGAGCUUGGAGACGAUGAGGCACAGUUCGGCAUGGGUCUAGAUAACGAUCGCGUGUCUUCGCAAGAUACUCAAUCGAUACAGGAAGAUGAACCUCCAGAAGCCCGAAGAAGCAAGCAAGAUCCGGGCCCUCCGAGACGGUCAUCAACGCAGAUGAAAUCACCCUUAUCAGCUCUCGCGACCCUUAACCUAAACGGACAAUCGUCUACACCCGCCCCUACGAUGAAACCCGCUCCCCCACCUACAAGAUUGCCUGGAGAGACAUUAAAAUAUGCCUCAGCUGCGGCGGCUGCUGCUGCGAGCGAUAAAAACGGAGUUGGAAUAGCGCCUCUGCCGCCUCCGCCCGGUGCAAGUCCCGCAGUCUCCAACGCUCAACCGGUUUCUAAGCCCCCGUCCACCGCAUCACCCCAAGUAGCACCCGUGCAGCCAGUUCAAAGACUGAUAUCCAAUGCUGCUAAUACCGAUGAUUUGAGCAGCCAGUCCAAGUCGCCGACUUUGAGUAGUGUGGCGGCGAGUCGACCGGGCACUGUUCCGCCUACGCCAGCGAUUGCCAAGGCUGAAACUGCAUCGCAGAAGCAGCCGCAGCCGCAGCCACCUGCGCAGCAGCAACAACCGCAAGUACAACGGCCGCAACAGCAACAGCCCAAAGACCAACCUAUCACCAAUGGCGAAACCAAAGAAGAGCCGAGCUCAGAAGAAUCAGUUUAUCACCUUCCACCUGGACUGCAGGACUUGAUACAUUCUUUUGAAGUUACAAAGUCCAGAGCAGCCGCACCACAGUCAGGUUCCACUCAACGAUUGCUCAUGUGCUGCCUAUCUUCGACGAUCCACGGCUCUAUGAGAACGGAAAGAAUUGAAACAGACACCCUCUUUUACCUUUUCUAUUAUCGCCAGGCCACGUACCAGCAGUUCCUGGCCGCCAAGGCUCUCAAGAACCAAAGCUGGCGUUUCCACAAGCAGUACCAAACCUGGUUCCAGAGACAUGAGGAGCCAAAGACGAUUACAGAGGAGUUUGAGCAAGGAACAUAUCGAUUCUUCGAUUAUGAGAGCACAUGGAUGAAUCGAAGAAAAGCCGAUUUCAAGUUUGUCUACAAAUUCCUUGAAGACGACCUUUGA